UUACAGCGCGCGGCUCGUGCACGAGUCGCCCAUCACGAGCUCUCCAAACCUUUCAAUUGCGCGUAGACGCGAACGCGCGCGGCGCACUUCUGGCGGUUUGGCGCACGUUUACAGGGCGGACUGAUUGCACAGAUCAGCGCUAUACGCCUGCAACUUUGCACUGGAAUAUCAGGAGCCAACAUCUUCUCGACUAGCUCUUACAGGGAACUGCAAAGAGGAGCAUGAACUGUGAACUUCCUACCUUUAAUCAAGACAUCGACUUCUGUUCAAGCUUUUCACUAUGAUUAGUGAUGCAUCAAGUGCAGCAGAGUUCAAUGGUGACAGUGGCUCAGUGUUGUCUCAGGAUUCAAGUGUAUUCUUCAGCGAACCUCCUCCAACAACUGACAAUCCGCUUGACUUCUUUAUUAUUAAUGUUGGAGGAAGCCGUUACAUUCUCUCUCAAGAGCUGCUGGCCUCUCAUCCAGAGACACGCCUGGGCAAACUGGCACUCUCCACUCGAGAUUCAGCUUUAGACCUGUGUGAUGAUGCAGACUUUCUGGAAAAUGAAUACUUUUUUGACCGCAAUUCUCAAACCUUCCAGUACAUCAUGAACUUCUACAAAACCGGCCAUUUGCAUGUUAGAGAGGAACUAUGUGUGUUCUCAUUCCUGCAAGAAAUUGAAUAUUGGGGUAUUGAUGAGCUCCGCAUAGACCACUGUUGCAGAGACAGGUACUACCGAAAGAAGGAGAUGAAGGAAUCCAUAGAUAUUGGAAAGGAUGUCGAAAUGAGUGGUGUGGAGGAUGAUUUCAGUGGCGUACUCUGUGAGGACAUUCGGCGGCGUCUCUGGGACCUGAUGGAGAAGCCUGAUUCAUCCAAGGCAGCAAAAACAUAUGGGACAUUGUCUAUGUUCUUUUUGAUCAUGUCCAUCUUGAACAUGGCUCUGAUCUCUCUGGACUUUACUAUCCUUGGAGCGCCUGUUUUGGAUAUUCUUGAGUACAUCUGCAUUGUGUGGUUCACAGGGGAGCUGGUUCUCAGGUUUAUUUGUGUGAAGGACAAAUGUAAAUUCAGCAGGAGGGUGGUGAACAUCAUCGACCUGCUGGCCAUCCUGCCUUUCUAUAUUACGCUGGCAGUGGAGAAUCUGCAUGGCGGAUCAACAGAAUUGGAGAACGUGGGAAGGGUAGUGCAGGUCCUGCGACUGAUGAGGUCUCUUAGAAUGCUGAAACUUGGACGCCAUUCCACAGGUCUGAAGUCUUUGGGCAUGACGAUUGCUCAGUGCUAUGAAGAGGUAGGCCUGCUGAUGCUGUUCCUUUCCGUUGGCAUUUCUAUCUUCGCCAUGGUGGAGUACGCCAUUGAGCAUGACAUGCCUGAGACUUCAUUCACCAACGUGCCUUGUGCCUGGUGGUGGGCCACCACUUCCAUGACCACCGUGGGCUAUGGGGAUAUCCGCCCAGACACGGCCUUUGGCAAGGUCAUGGCGUUCAUCUGCAUUCUCUCAGGCAUUCUUGUUCUCGCUCUACCCAUUGCCAUUAUCAACGACCGCUUCUCAGUCUGUUACUUCACGCUAAAGAUGAAAGAGGUAGCGCUACGGCACAGUGAGGCACUGAAGCGUCUGAAGCGCGACUCAACCUCAGAUGGGAUGCAGCCAGCAGUAGGGCUAAACCUGCGUGAUGCCUAUGCCCGCAGUGUUCUAGAACUGCUGCGGCUGUACAGCAGAGGGAGAAUGAGCACACGCAGCAGUGCAGGAGAAGAUGUCUGGUGAUUGAAGGACACAGUAAAAUCUUACUAAAGUGAAAUCGUUCAUCUCUGUAGAAUGUUUAUUUUGAAUGUACUUACUAACGUAUGCUUUUAUGUAAUAAAUCUAAUGCCUUCUGCUUGCAGGUAUGGCAUAGAUUUGUCUUCAGCGCAUUCAAUAUUGAGCAAGGAUUUACCUUUUCAUUUUAUUUCUUAUUCCAUUUUUACAGCUAACAUUCUGUUUGAUUUAAUAUAGUCAUCCAUGAUAUUCUGCAUUGUGAACCUAAAGAGAGAGGCUGAGCAGUAAAAAUAUAAAAAAGGCACAACAAAUGUUCGAAAUUAAGCUUUAAAAAAUGGUUUUCUGUUACAGGAAGAAUUUUUUUUAUAUUUGGCCAUUUAAGCUUUUCUGAAAGUCAGAAGUGAGACAAAUUAGUGACAGUUUGGAUUUUAAAACACAGUAGAACAGUAGACUUUUAUUUUACAAUCCUGUCUGACUUAUGACAAUUCAUAAUUUAAUUGAAAAUAAAAAAAAUAUUAUAAUUAUAAAAUGCAUUUUUUUAUUAGCUGUUUUAAAUGAAAAAUAAAACUUGUGAGGCCCACUGUAUCUGCCACAGAGUUUCAGUGACUUUGAGCUCUGCAAUGCAAUGCAGCUGCUUAGACACAAGUAAAAACAUGCUUUAAUCACAUACAGUAAGAAAUAAAAAAUGCUAGAACAAGGCACAAUUUGGGUUCAUUUUUAAUUUAGUGAGACUGCCGUAGAAGUAUUGUAUUGUCAAAUAAAAUAACGCUAAGAUUUAAAAUUAAUUAAGUCUCUAUACUUCUGAUACGCCAACUAAACUUUUUUUUAAAUUUCAUUAGAUUUUCCACAAUAUCAUCUAGUCAUCAUGCAAAAAAUAUAUAUAACACUCAUAAUAUUAAACAACAAAUAGUGUGUUGGUAUUUUUGUUUCUUGUAUCUUACUGUUUGCUUUGUAAUUGUCCUGCUUCACUUCAUAUGAUACAAUCCAGAUAUUACUAUUACUACUAUUGAUGAAAGGAUGGUGUUUGAACAGGCGGCCUGCCCAGGUUCAGGUAUAAAUAGAAUGCAUUUGAAUGUGUUUGAUGUACAGGGAUGAGGGUUUAUUUAUUCCUCUAGAUGACCAACUUCUCCUUCAGGCUGCAAUAUAAUCAGAUGACACUGGCUGUCUGGAUUUGUACAUGUGUAUGUUUGAAAAAUGAAUAAAAAAAAUGAGACAAACAGGAA